AUGACGAGUGACAAUCCUGUCAUUAUUGUUGGCGGCGGCCUGGCCGGUCUAGUGGCUGCCUUUGAGCUCUCAAAACGUGAAGUCCACAGCGUCAUCAUCGACCAAGAAAAUGAAGCAAGCCUCGGAGGACAGGCAUUCUGGUCUCUUGGAGGUCUAUUCAUUGUGAACUCUGCAGAACAACGUCGGGUGGGUAUUAAGGACAGUCGUGAACUUGCAUUACAGGACUGGUUGGGUACCGCCCGUUUUGACCGGGAUUGUGACUACUGGCCAAAGAAGUGGGCAGAAGCUUUUGUCGACUUUACCUCGGGGGAACUCGAACGCUAUGUCAAAUCACUUGGCUUGAGCAUUGUCAGUGUUGGUUGGGCCGAACGAGGCAGCGGAGACGCUGGGGGCCAUGGAAACUCGGUACCAAGGUUUCAUUUAUCAUGGGGCACCGGACCUGCGGUGGUCGACAUUUUUGAGAAGCCCGUAAGGGCAGCUGCAAAGAAAGGAUUAGUGGAGUUCAAAUUCCGCCACCAAGUUGACUCUAUUGUGGUCGAUGAGCAUGGGGCGGCUAUCGGUGUGCGUGGGAAAGUUCUUGAGCCAUCGGAAACUGACCGAGGGGUUGCAAGCAGCCAGAAGAGUGUGGAUACAUUCGAGAUUCACGGAAGCAAAGUGCUCAUAUCUAGUGGAGGUAUCGGUGCUAAUAUUGAACUGGUGAAGAAGAAUUGGCCCGUUGAUCGAAUCGGCGCGGUUCCCUCUACUUUUGUUGUCGGCGUCCCAGCAUAUGUGGAUGGACGUAUGAUUGGAAUCGCCCAGGAUGCGGGUGCCAAUGUGAUUAACAGUGAUCGCAUGUGGCAUUACACCGAGGGAAUUAUGAACUGGAAUUCAAUCUGGCCAGAUCAUGGAAUUCGAAUUAUUCCUGGCCCAUCCUCGCUCUGGCUCGAUGCAGCGGGUCACCGACUUCCUCCAAUGCUUUAUCCUGGAACCGAUACCCUCGCCACACUCAAGCACAUCUGUCAAACUGGAAAUGACUAUACAUGGUUCAUUCUCAACAGAACCAUAAUCAGCAAAGAGUUUGCCCUUUCAGGCUCCGAGCAAAACCCGGACAUCACCGGAAUGAGUUAUCUACAAACUCUGAAACGUCUUUUAGGCUGGUCUCCGACCGGACCUGUCCAAGCGUUUAUGGACAAAGGCGCUGACUUUGUAGUCGAAAAGACUCUCCCCGAUUUGGUUGCUGGAAUGAACAAGCUAGCAAAGGAGCGCGGCGGACCAGAACUUGACCUUCAACAUAUCGAACACGAGAUACAAAUUCGCGAUAGCCAAUGCGAUAACCCUUUCAGCAAAGAUGCUCAAAUUAUGCUCAUCCAAAAUGCACGCAAUUACUGGCCUGAACGAUGGUCCCGAGUGGUUAAACUCCACAAACUCUCCGAUCCUAGUUACGGCCCCUUGAUCGCUGUCCGAUUGAACAUUCUGACACGAAAGACUUUGGGUGGACUGGAAUCAAACUUGGAUGGGAAUGUUCUUCGUCCAGAUGGGUCAUGUUUCCCAGGAUUAUAUGCCGCGGGGGAAGUUGCCGGGUUCGGUGGGGGUGGGCUUCACGGAUAUAGCGCUCUCGAGGGUACUUUCCUUGGAGGCUGCAUUUUCUCAGGACGAGUGGCAGGCAUCAAAAUGGCCGAGGCAGUGCUGGGGAGCUCAGCUGAGUCCUCAUAA